CACAUCCGUCCCCGCCCUUUGCACAUGGGGGGGGAGAGCAAGGAGAAAAAGCUAUUCUAUCUUCAAGCCUCCCCGUCUGUUUCUUUGUUGUGCAAAAGAGUGCCUGACGCAGCUCGGGCCCAACUUGCGGCGGCAGUGAUGAACCCGAGCGCCGCGACCGGCCAGCCCUUCUCCAGCCCCGUGCAAUUUCCAGGAGGCACCACUGUCCUAGUGGAGCUCGCUCCAGAUAUUCACAUCUGUGGUCUGUGCAAGCAGCAGUUCAAUAACCUAGAUGCGUUUGUUGGUCACAAAAGAAGUGGCUGUCAACUGUCCGGAGCAACAACAGGGACCACCAGUACAGUACAGUUUGUGGCAGAAGAAACCGUGCCAGCAACCCAGACCCAAACCACGACAAGAACAAUCACUUCAGAGACCCAAACCAUCACAGUUUCUGCACCGGAGUUUGUUUUUGAGCAUGGCUACCAAACCUACCUACCUGGUGAGAGCAGCGAGCCUCAACCUGCUGCUGUUGUCACCACUCCACCAAAACCUCGUAGCAGAAAAUCCACCACGUCAGUGGCGCAAAAGAAACUUAACUGCUGCUAUCCAGGCUGCCAAUUCAAGACAUCUUAUGGCAUGAAAGACAUGGAACGGCAUUUAAGAACGCACACAGGUGACAAGCCCCAUAAAUGCGAAGUUUGCGGUAAGAGCUUCAGUCGCAAAGACAAGCUGAAAAUGCACAUGCGAUCCCACAGUGGAGUGAAACCUUACAAGUGUAAACAGUGUGACUAUGCGGCUGCCGAAAGCAGCAGCCUGAACAAGCACCAGCGCAUCCAUUCAAAUGAGCGCCCUUUUAAAUGCCAGAUCUGCCCUUAUGCAAGUCGAAACUCCAGCCAGCUCACCGUACAUCUCAGGUCUCAUACAGGAGAUGCUCCCUUCCAAUGUCGCCUUUGCAGUGCCAAGUUUAAAAUCAACUCAGAUUUGAAGAGGCACAUGCGAGUGCACACUGGGGAGAAGCCCUACAAAUGUGAAUUCUGCGACGUGCGUUGCGCCAUGAAGGGCAACUUGAAGUCGCACAUCCGCAUCAAGCAUAGUAUGGAAAAUGCCUUCAGAUGCCUGGAGUGCGAGUUCCAGUGUGGGAACAAGACGAGCCUCCGGCAGCACUUGCGUACUCACCAGCCCGAGCAGCCAGUGAAAUGCUCAGAGUGCAACUAUUCGUGUUCCAACAAGGCAACCCUCAAGGUGCACGAGAGGAUCCACUUUAAGGAUCGGCCUUUCAAGUGCGAGUUCUGCACCUUUGAUACCAAGCAACGGAGCAACCUCACCACGCACAUGAAAAAAGUGCACGGGGACAAGGUCAAGGUCAAGAAGAAAGCCACCGAGAAGAUGGAAGGAGACCGGCCAAAGGAAGGCGGCUCCAGGCAAGUCGCCAAACUGGAGGCCAAGAAGGCCUUCAAGUGUGAUCUCUGUGAGGCCUCGUUUGUCCGAGAGGAUUCCCUGAGGAGCCAUAAGAGGCAGCAUGUUGAGUAUAAUGGGGUGAAAAAUACCAAGCUGGCUGUUUUGCAGUUCCAAGUGGACCCCACUAGGCAGGCUGGCACACCUAUUACAGUCAGUCAUCUCCAAGUGCCACUGCAGGCUUCAUCUUACGGUGAAGGGCAGGUCAAGAUAAUUGUCGGACACCAAAUGCCUCAGGCUGGCGGCCUGGUGCAAGCGGCUUCCGUAAACAUUGUUCCUCCAACCUUAAUAAGCCAGAACCAAGACGAUCUGUCUGGCAAUGGCCAGUUGCAAAUACUACAGCAGGUGAGUUUGCUUGCUCCUCCUCUUCCCUCAGGGUCUCAGGCAGACAGCAUUUCGGUAGGCCAGCCUGCGGUGCUCCUCACAACCCACAAUCAAGCUGAGGGAAGCUCCCCAAACCAGACUCUAAUUCCUGCCAUUCCAGUGGGCAGCCACGAAGUCUCGGCUGGCCAGGCUUUCAUCAAUGGUGCCGGGAUCAGCUGCUCGGAUUUGGAAGGACUCAAUGCUUUGAUUCAAGAAGGGGCAGGGGAAGUCACAGUGGUGAGUGACGAGGACCAGAGUGUCACUGUGUCGACUUCGGUGCCCCCUCCACCCAUCUUUUCUUCCCCUUCUCACCCCGAUGUGCCGAAGCAACCCUACUCCGUUAUCCAAAGUGGAGCUCAUGCAAGUUUGCUGUGUCCAGCAGACUCUAUACCGGAUUAAUCCAGAAAAAGCUAUUUGUUUCCGCACUUCAAAUUCAGCUCUGGAAUAUGUUCCAGAUUAGGCUGACAAGUGUAGCAGGUGAAGCAAUCCCAGUUGCCAUAAUGCAAGUUCAUUUCUAUGCUCCAGGGGUAGCCAACAUUGUGCCCUCCAGCUGUUGUUGGGCUACAGCCCCCAUCAUCCAUGACCGUGGGCCAUGCUAGCUGGGACUGAUGGGGACUAUAGUCCAACAACAGCUGCUGUGUUGGCUACACCUGCAGUCCAUGCCUUAUUGGAAAUAGGCUCCUCCUCAUAGAGCAUAACAUGCAUGUGUACCAAGUCCAGUGAUAAUUAUGCUUUUGAGGCCAGACAGUCAGUAGAGCGUGAGAUGCUAUACAUGAGUGCCAUUUUUGGUCUGUAGGCUCAUUACACAUGGGGCUCUUCUGCUACCCUUUCCUGCUCUAGACCCCUUGUUUGGUCUGUGACAAUAUUUCAUAGCCACUAGGCGGUAAAUGUUGUCUCUUCUGCACUUCGUGCCCAGUUUGAAAGUUACAGCCUCAAAAGACGUAUCCUACGGAAGAGGUUACAUGGAAAACACCUUCAAGCUUUUACAUGAGUUCUAGCCAUGAUGUACAUUAUCUAAUGAGUUCCAAGGAAGAGCAUUUUGGUUUUUUCUUCCUUUCUCCUGCAUUGGCUUUCAUUUUCCAGAGUUUCCAAAUCAUGUUGAAAGUAAUUAUUAAUCUAUUUUGAAAUAAUGGCAUGACCUUAGAUUAUAAUCCUGUGCCGGAUUGUACUGCGCUGUAAUCCUGUACUAGGCUGAGCAGAGACUUCAAUAAAAUGAAAUAAAGAGUAGCUGGAUAAGUAUAAGGUUGUUAGGGUCCUAAAAGUGGGUUUGAAGGAGUGGGUUUUGCUCCUGCAUCUUUGACAUGCAGUAAUUAAGCUGAGAAUGGAAAUAAACAGAGGAGGCUGGUCCAUUAGGGUAAAUAUUUAUUUAUUUAUUUAUUAUAGUUGUGUACCACCCCAUAGCCGAAGCUCUCUGGGCGGUUUACAGUAACGAAAAACAAAUACAAUUUAAAAUACAUCUUUUAAAAAACAAUUUAAAACACUAUUUAAAAAUUUAAAACAAUAUAAACACAUGCUAAAAUGCCCAGGAGAAGAGGAAAGUCUUGACCUGGCGCGGAAAAGAUAACAGUGUUGGCGCCAGGCGCACCUCGCCACACAGAUCAUUCCAUAAUUUGGGGGCCACCACUAAGAAGGCCCUCUCCCUUGUUGCCAUUCUCUGAGCUUCCCUUGGAGUAGGCACCCAGAGGAGGGCCUUUGAUCUUGAACGUAGUGUACGGGUGGGUUCGUAUGGGGAGAAGCGUUCCAUCAGGUAUUGUGGUCCCAAGCCGUGUAAGGCUUUAUAGGUCAAAACCAGCACCUUGAAUCGAGCUCGGAAACAUAAAUGGAGCACUGUCCCACCAACUUUGGUCUGCAGUCAGCCAGCCCCUGCCUUCUUACCUGCAUCCAGUCCAGGGUGUGGCACUUGCUGUCAGCUUCCUGGAGGCUGGUCCAUUAGGACAAAUGGGCACCACCUUUCACCUUUAAUCUACUCUCCUGCCUGUCAUUUUACAUAAACGUAGCCCAGGAGUGGCACUGCCAGUCAGCUUCCUUCUCCCUUAGUCUCAUUGUGUCCGUCAUAGAACUCAGGAGGGGGGAGAACGGGGGCAAAACUAGCAUUAGUUGGCUUUGGCUCCAUCUACGGUUGGCUCCAUCUGCUGUUGGCCUCUCUGCCCUAUCAGUCCCUAUGGGCACCAGCCUCUACUGCAAAUAAGCAGUAAGAAAAACCUCCCUUGGUCCUGUUGAAAGUAUAGGAGUAGGCAGGGCUGUGGAGUCGAUACUCCAGACCUUUGACUCCGACUCCUCUAUUUUUCUACUGUUCGACUCCGACUUCU